CGAGUAAGUUCAAUUUAAUAAUUACUGAUUGCAAUUCCUGCGCUGUAAUAAGUCAGAGUCUAUCGUGUUUUUGCAAAACAUUUUGUUGUUACUAUUAUCACUCUUAAACUGAACAUACUGUUUUAACAAUAAUUACUUAUCGUUAGUGUCCUCGGUAAAAGCUAAAUUUUAAAACACGAAAGAUAGUUCCAAAAAUCAUAAGAAAAAUAAAAUACGUAAGGUUUAAUCAAAGCAAAGGACAAAAAAAGCUUUUUACUGUAACACUUUGAACUUGAAAUUUUAAUAAAAACUGAGUGUGACCAUAGGUAUACAACACUAUUACAUAGGUGUUCAAUUAGAUAAGUGCAUAAGAUUAAGAAACUUAAUUUGGCGAAAACAAUUACCACACACUCUAACUAAAUAAGUCGACUGUUAUAACUGUUAAUAGAAGUUUCGUGAAUAAAAUUAAUUAUAGUAUGAAUAAUGAAAAUUACGAAUUACAACAAAGGCAUCAAGCAUCGCCAACCGAAGGGCCAUCGUCGCAAAUUUCCAAGAAAGGAACAUUUAGUAUAUUCAAAAAUUCGGAGUUUAAAACUACUUGGAGACCAUUAGUAGCAUACUGGCUGUUAGGACUUUGCAACAAUUAUGGCUAUGUUGUCAUGCUUACUGCUGCUAAUGAUAUACUCAGUGAGGAAUCAGAAGAGCCAUCGAAUAAUUCAACGGACAACCCCGAGCGCGAAUGUAACUAUAUGUCCACGGGAGCCAUAUUGUUAGCAGAUAUCCUGCCGUCCCUAUUAAUUAAAAUUACGGCCCCUUUCCUGCCUUUUUUUGUCAAGUAAUGACUAAAUUUUUACUUCGAGAUAUUAAA